GGGACUUCCGGCGCGCUGCGGCCACGAGGUCCUGGUUUCCUAGGCAACUUUCCCCACCCCUAGCGUUCUGUCGCCCCACUGAAAAAUAAGCCCCUGCUCGCCCACCGCCUGAGAUCUGAUUGCUGCUUGCUCCCGAGUGCACAUUUAGACUUCCCUCAUCAGAGGUACUGGCAACGAUGCCAAGAUACAGAGCUACCACGUCUUGGUAUUCUCAUCCAGUUUAUGCAAGAUACUGGCAACAUUAUCAUCACGCAGUAGCUUGGAUGCAGAGCCACCAGAAUGCCUACAGAAAGGCCAUGGAAUCCUAUUUCACUUUCCCAUGGUACUUCCCUCAGGCAAAUCUUCCAUGGAGCUUGUAUGAUUACAGGGCUGGGGAUCCUCAGGCCUCCUAUCAUCAUCACAUGAACUGGAAGGAUUCUCCCUACACCUCUUCAUAUUUUGGAAGGUCAGAGCAGCCUCGGCGUGACAGAAAUAGGACCCCCCAGGCAUCCGCCAGAGAUUACCAAGCUCCCCCUGAAGAGGAAGAGGUGGAAUCAGGUUUGGAGUCAGAGUUGGAAUCAGAGUCGGAAUCGGAGUCAGAGUCAGAUGAGAUAGAAUGCGACCUGAGCAAUAUGGAAAUCACAGAUGAGCUCCGCCAAUACUUUGCUGAGACUGAGAGGCACAGAGAAGAGCGACGACUGCAGCAAGAGCUGGAUGACAAGCGUCUGGAUGAUUAUGUGAACGCUGACCAUGGCCUGUACUACAACCCCUACCGGUCAGUGGAGCCCCCAUCCGAGAGGCCUGGUGAGCGGCGCCAGGCAGAGAUGAAGAUCUUGUACGGGAACAGCGCCACCAAGAUCCUGGCCAUGGAGGCUGCUGUGCAACUGAGCUUUGACAAGUUCUGUGAUAGUAAGCAGCCCAAGUACUGGCCUGUCAUUCCCCUGAAGUUCUGAGCCCUGGGCCUAGGGACCCCAAGGAGUGCCUCCUGGACAGGGUCCCCCUCCCUCUUCCCUCCUCCCUCCUCCGUCCUCCUCCUCUGUGUAUACACUGUCUUCAUCUCUCUUUUGGAGAAUUUCUCAGGAAAAGUGGCUGAUAUGGUGAUUAAAAGUGUUCAGCAAAGCCCUAGUGGGUUCCUCACAGGGUAGAUGUAAUCUAUCAGUCACAUAGAAUUUUGUCCGUAGGAUGUAUGAGAAAUUUCCCUUUGACAUAAAGUGAUCAUUUUGUGUACAUUCCACUGGUUUUCAAUGACAUCAAUAACAGUGUUCAGUUCAUUAAAGUUCUUGCCUAGA